UGCAAGGUGAACACAUCAACAUCUACCGUACGACGAUCGUAAAUCUCAAUGGGCCCAUUUUUACAAAAUAACUCAAAAAAUUAGAAUAAUUAUGGUGUUUAAAGGACCAAUUAUUACACUAUAAGGGAAAUUAGCGGAGGAAAUAUCAACAAAAACGGAAAAUUCUUUGUCGUCAUAAAUUUCGAGUGAGGCAAAAAAAAUCAUCAUUGCGACGUUUGAAGAGCAAGAUAGCUUCGAGCCGCUCGCCGCUAUGAAGAAACGCGAGACAGAUUUAUGACUUUCGAGAACAAAAUCUGGCGGAAAAAUCAAAGUAUCGACUCGAUGUUUGGCGUCGAGCAACAACGUAACGACUCCGUUUCUGCAACCAAAGUGCGAGAAUAACGGCGCGAUACGAAAAACGAACCAAAGUUGGCCCGUGAUCUACAAAUCGGAAACGUUUCUUCUGAAAUCGCCGCAAAAUGAGCAAACUACGUUUCUUCCUGCGACACAGCAAUUGGCAUCCGAGUACGGCGGAGUGACGCGGAAACACAGUUUUUUCCUUGGCAUGACGACACCGACGACGACGAACGUUAUUGAUGACAAUCACAAUCGCAUUAGCAGCAAUAACGGCAGCAUGAAUGACAUCGAUUCGGGAGGCGGAACAGCUGCGGCACACACGAAUGUCCUUCAAACGCAAAUACCGCCAACAAUGUGCACAACUUCUCCCAAUCCCGUUGCAAUUUUAUUUCUCACGCUUCUUCUCACGAGCGGAGCUACAGCGUUAUUGUGUGCCGGCAUCAUGACGAAUCAGUGGGAAUUUGUGCGAUGGGACAUGGAUUUGGUGAAAAAACUCGCGAACGAAAGCGCGCCAACGAAAAAUAUCGAAUGGAUGUUGGGAGGAAAAGUUGCGAGAAUUCCCGUUGGAAGAGAGCAUCAUCAUCACGUUCGCGGCAAAAAUCAACAUCAUCACACGACAGAUCGCGGCGGAGUUUAUCUUGUCCCCAUGUAUGGAGGAAUUUGGACCAUGUGCGUUGAUUUGACGGGGGAUGAAAUACGAGAAAUUAGCGAGCGUGGAAUUCCAACGAAAAGUGUUUGCGUUAAUUAUUUGAAAAGUGACGAAGAGGAUGAUGAAGAUGAAGAAAAGAAAAAUUGGCGCGAAUAUGAAAUGCAACCAGCUUUGCAUCCGCAAAUUAGAAUGCAAAAUUUAUCCAUCUCAUGUUCUUUGGUAUGCCUUAUAAUAUUGGGAAGCGCCGCGCUUGUUGGUGCUUUUGGCGUGUGUCAACGACAAUUAAGUGCGAUUUUAGUAACUGGCGUCAUGUAUCUCUUAGCUGCUCUUUUUGCUGUUUUCACACUGACGAUAAUCCAUUUUAAGCGUUACAAAUCGCACACUGUCGUCGAAACGGAAUACAAUAUCGCCAUCGAUGGGAUUCUCGCGGCACACGGCGAAGCUAAAAUUGCACAAACACUCUUGGAAGCACGAAUCUUCACGACAGGCUGGAGUUUGGAGCUGUGCUGGGCAGGCGUAUUCAUUUGCACGCUCACGUCUUUCCUGUGGAUCUUUUUGUCGAAAAUACUGCGAUGGACUCCGCUUUCGGCAAUGUUGUAAAAACGAACUGCUCGAAAGUAGCUUUUAGUCACAUUUUACAUUUUAAAAAUUAAUUGAAUAGCAAUAAUUUUUAAGUUUUGUCGUGUGUUGAUUGUUCGUUAGAAGCAAUUGAAACGCUUUCUUUACAUUUUUAACGUGUAAGAUUUUAACUUUGUACUUCAAAUGCAGGACUGUAAACGCU